AUGGCUGAAGCUCGAGAAGUUGCAUCACUUGGUGGAUACGAUGAUGAGUUUGUGAAUUCAGUGGACGAAGACUUGCACUGUUCAAUCUGUCAUCUGCCACUGAAAGAGGCCGUACAGACGGGGAAGUGUGGGCAUAGAUUUUGUAAGCAGUGCCUUGAUGAACACUUCAGAAGGUUGGUGAUUCUAUUGACGGUAAAUUAUUGCAUUGUUCGAGUUGUAUUAUAAUGCCUGUGUCAUCAGAUUGUUAUAAGUCUAUCUAGAGGUUAUUUACUGGCUUCGAUACUGAGUGAUCAUGCUUACGGAAGCAUGAUGUAGCGAAGUAAUGUAGAAGUUGCGAGCUGCGUGAAUCUAUAAUUACGUCGACAGAGUUUUUGAUUUUGUAAGAAAACCAGGUUAUUAUCCCUGAAUGUGGGCCUGAAUGGGGGUACACUUGUCGGUUGUCGGUAAAAAUUUCAUUACUUUGUCGGUCGUCGUUAAAUCUCGGUUGAUGAUUAACAAAACAAGUUAAUUAUUCAUAUUCGUUAUUUAAUUCUAUUUCUAUAUUUGUACUCGGCAAAGGUUGGCCAUCGCACCAAUUAACACAGUUUGAACUCUACACAAGUAAAGAACUUCUUCCUUUACCGUCAAUUCACCAUUUGAUGGCAAUAAAACCUCAAUUAAGUCUGUUUUGUUCAAGCUACGUGAUCAUUAAUUUCACCUUUGUUUGCAAAGGCUGAUAAAAUCACAAAACUUUCUAUAUUGAAUUUGUUUUUAUUCAGAUGAUCUCCGAUGAUCAUGACUUCUCCCAUGACGCCGUUACAUACCUCCAGCGUGAGUUCGUAGGUGGCUGAGGAGACCAAUCGAAACACGAAAGUGUCUGCCACAUGCACAUGUGAAGCACAUGAUGUCAGCAGAUCUGCGUGACUGUGCUCCGUUUUUCCUUGGCUCCCUUCGUGGGCUUUUCAUCUGUUCGCUUAGCACCCUUGUUGAUGAGGCUGCGCCACUUUAAUUUGUCUUGACUCAGUUCUUCCCAAUUCAAAGACCAGCGAAGUAAUCAUGAGAGAAUAAGUGGAAAGUGCGAAUAAUAUGGGUCGGAUUUCAAUAAAGCUAUUUUUAGUGACUGAAGUCUGUUUCCCGGGACGUGCACAAAUACUGACUCACUGCUACCUCUGUACGAUAUCAAAUUUGGAAGUUCCAGUUGCCAGUACCCUUCUGUUGCUAUAGGCUAACUCUAAUAUUGACCUGCAGAGGAUUUUGUCAUUGAGAUGGGCAAAAUAAUUUUAAUGAGAACCUCUCAAUUUCGUCAGAUAUAUAACCUUUCAGUAAUCUUAAAGCAUCCUUCAUACUUUUUUAUGUCAAAUGGAAGGCAGCUGCAGUGGUACUAGCUAGAUUGCGAACUCUUAACCUUUUCGAAAGAAACUUACGAUCACCCUUAUAACUUCAGUCACGACUCGAGCAUGGAUAUACCCUGGGUUACAGACUGUUAUUUUUUUUCUUAUCUCGGGGGCUUUCUUAAACCGUGAGCACGGUUUAUUUCAUCUUAGGUUUUUUCGAGAACGGACUUCUGGUCCAGGGUAGCAUGGAUAAACACGUGAUAAACAGUACGCAGGGAAAGUACUGCAGCAGUACGUCUCCUAGGCAAGAUAACCACGCGCUGCGAGGAAAAUAAUAUAAAUGAGUCUGCACUUUCCUGGAUUUCCCGCGAGAAGGAGGAGAAACAAAUGUGCACGAUUGAACGGUCUCCAAGAAAAAACAACUUUUUAGUUGAUUAUUCGAGCUACUCAGCACUGCAUAGUCGCUAAGUUCUCUCACGUGGAGACUAAAGUAACCGAACGGACAUGGGAACUGUGUUGCCCUACUCUCAGAGAAAAUCGGAGAAAGUCGUUCUUUAUACCGAGGACUACGCUAUAUAAAGGUUCGUUAUAUCGAGGUUCCACUACAUAAAUAUGUUCUUGUUUUGGUGCAAAAUUAAAGUUUAAAUCCUCAAUACUGCCAGCAGUGGAGUCAACCUAUCAAUCGAAGUUUUCUACACCAUGGACAACACCCCUUACUGAAGUCUAACUGUAGUCCUUGUAGUUUCAUGCUUGUUUUCAAUAUACUAUCUAUUCUCUUAAUAGCUUAUUUUGAUUUCUACAGACUGGAGCUCAAGAGGGAACCAUUAAAUUGUCCUGUAGAUCGGAACAUCCUAAUACGAGAUACGGUAAGUGAUCUCUUACACUGUCGUCUCACCAGUACUGAAGCUGACAAGGAGCGGCUCCUGAGCCUGCUUAACUCUAUUUAGUCUUUCCUACUCACUGAAAUUAUUUAGCUGAACUGAGCUGAAACUGUUUUUAGUUUAAUGACUGAUCUGAUAUCUUGAGGAUCGGCCAUUAUUUAUAAAUGAUUCAUUUGUGCGAAAAAAACGAGGGAGGGAUAAUUUUUUCAUGGGGAUUUCUAAUUGGUUAGAAGCCGAGUAGAGAUUUUUAGCGCUAGUUAAUUAAUUAAUCAGUUUUUUAUUAUUAAAGUUUUGGAAAAAAGUUUAUUUUUUGCAACCAUCUGCUUAGAGUCUGGGGAAAGCUAUCACAUGUUCUCUCCAUGUCAGUAUUUGCUUGGCUGUUUUGCUAUUUGCGGACCUUGGAAGAUUUAGCCUUAAAAAUUAGUAUAGCCAUGAGAUUAUGUUAUACUCACAAAGCUUAUUCCUUUCCUCCUUUCCAAAUGGUGACUCACCCCACUUAACCUCGUCGCAGUAGUCAUUAGUUAUAAGCGAACAAUGUAAAAGCCACUUUUUUACCAUAGCUUAGUCCGAUUCGCCUUUGUUUUGUUGAUGACAAGGUACGAACACCUCGUCUCGGUUUCAGUGUUUGAUUACGUUGACAUUUGGUCUAUGAACAGGCCAUUGCUGUAGUGUAGAAAAAAAACUUUUGAAAAACGGAAAUGUUGUAUUUCCUUCAAAAAAAAAAAACUGUUCGACUUCGCGAGUAACGCGCGGCGGGAGCUGGGGGUGAUAAGAAGGGAGAAGAUCCUCCCUCGCAUUUCUCCUUCCCAUCACACCCCGCGCGCUAGUAGGAAGAGACAUUAAGAGAGGACUAGGUACGAGUCAGCAUUCACGCCUGAACCGCCUGUAACCGCCCAUGUGCCCAUACGUCAUCAUUUUUAACUGUCAUCGAUAGACAAAAUUGACACUUAAAUUGUGCAGGUAAGGGAUCGUUUAAACCACACCCAAAUGUUUGUUAUUCAUUCAAAAAGGCCAGAAAAAAUUCAAAGAAUCAGUCCAACGUAACUCCGACUGAAAAAUCCGAAUAAACAUCUUUCCUUCCUCGGGGUUUUCGUAAAAACCUUCCCACUGAAAUGACGCUUAUAUUUCUCUUCGGUCAGCACCCAAAUAAUUUGCUCGACGAGACAAAAUACCCCAGAAGGUGAAUGGGUUCAAACACAAUGCUCGCAGGAUAGUUUAGUAAGCAAACAAACAAACAAAUAGACGAAGGUUAAUUUAACUCUUUUGCUUUUAGGACAUUUUCCCUGACAAGGCAACAGAAGGAAAGAUUCGUUCCUUCGUCAUCAAAUGUCCAGGCGACGGUUGCCUAUGGACUGGUGAAUUGAGGUCAAAAACUGUAAGUGGCGCAACUCCAUGUUGUCUCUACCACCGUGAUUUACCGGUAAACCUCAUGUAAGAAAAUGAAUAGAAUUGUUGGUCUGUCACAGUGUAACAUGAACAGAAGUCACGCCUUCAAAACUUGUGUAUUAUCAGUUGUUGUCUUUAACUAUAGAAGAAUACUUUCAACUUAUGAUAUACAUGUUACAUGGAACUCCAUGUUGUUUUUUUCACCAUGAUAUAAUCGAUUUACCAGUAAAAUAAGAAAAUGAAUAGGAUUGUUGGUGACAGGUACUAACGUUUUGACACUAACUUGUGCAGAAGUCAUCAUCAAGAGUUGUGUAUCAUCAGUUGUUGUAACUAACUAUAGUAGAGUACUUUCAACUUAUGCCAUAGAUAUAUAUACAUCUAUUUUUGACUAAUUAGGUUGAAUAUGAUUGAGUUUUGGAGAGUGUAUAUCAUAGUCAAAAUUAUAUGGUAAAUUAAUGGAGGCUAACUAUAGUUGGUUACAGUAGAUGACAACAAACAACUAGUACUUUAAGGGUGAUGAUUAUUUUCUGCGUCUUCAAGAAGUAAAAUGUCAACAUGGGAAAGGUUAAGGGUCCAAGCCCAAACGGUCGGAGCUUAUCCCAGUUUCGUUAGCAUGAAGCAUGCCUUAGGCGGUAUUGCUACUCCCCCCUGGACGAGGUGCUAGUCCAUCGGAGACAAAGUGGAGUAAAGUUCCUUGUGUUGUGAAGAGUAUUUUGUAGGUUAUUCCUUCCUAGAGUUUCUUUAUGGUUGGGUUUGUAGAUCAAAGUUAAUCAGUUGUAUCGACUUGUUUUUAAAUUCUAUUACCUUUUUAAGUAGCUUUUCAACACAAGUGUCAUUUAUUAAAUUUGAGUCCUUAAAGUAGGCACGUUUUGGGAUCAUCUCUGACCUUGAUUGUUGUCUACAUCAGAGUUCCUGUUUUGGUUAAGGUAGACUGUCUUGUGUGUUUAGUUGUCAAGCUUUUAUUUGUUUCCCUGUACUUGAAAUUAUUAACCUUAUAGGUUCGUUUAUUCCACUUUGGUUCUCAAUAGGAAAUUCGUUUAAGUCAUUAGAAAGUGCGUUUGUAAUUUUUCAUAAUCAGCAAGCCCGAACGUACCUACAUUCGCGUUAGUUAAGUUGCUAACAUUUAGAGCAGUUGGUUAAGUUGUAGGGUGUGCAGUUAGAAGUUGGGCUGUAGACGUUAAGUGAUGCUGUUGACAAAAACAUUUGAGUUGCUGUUAAGAAUAAAGAGCACCAAGAUAUAAACUCAAAUACCUGGUACGACUCCAAGCGAUCGGGUUGCACUAACACCCCUAACACUUGUCUAAGGAAACAACGCGACGGGCGAGGCUUGACCCCGUUCAACAUGAACACUAACUUAUUAUGUUGGUUUUAUAAAAAAGGACCACUUAACAUCAUGUUGGCUUAAAAUGGUGGCCUGCACGAACAAGAACUGCUCUGAGACUAUGACAAGGAACAACCUACAGAAACACGUGACCACCGCGUGUCCAUGGAAGAUUCUUCGUUGCACUCACUGUAGUGAAUCACAUCCGGAGUGUAAAACUGAGGUAAGAAUCUUGAUUAAUUGCCCUGAUUUUGCGAGCUUGUAGAGUAGGAGGAGCUUAUCAUUGACUUACUGUUGGUAUUUCAAAAAUAAGCCAGCAACAGCAACAACGUCAACCGCAACAAACGGUAACCUGCAUUGAUCGGUCACUUACCAACCUGCCAUAGAGUUAUUUUCAUUGUCUUUACCUGUUUUUCAAAUAGCUUAGCCUGUAUAUUUCAAUGAUUUUAUUUUCUAGGGUCAUCAUGCCGAAUGUAAGAAAUUUCCAUUGAACUGUUCUCAAAACUGUGGAGCUGUCAUUCCUAGAGAAGAGGUAUACUAGAUUUACAUUAUUAAGCGCAUUGAAACAAAAGCCAAAUAACUUUUAUAAAACAAGGCCUUAAGGGAGCGUCUGUAUCCAAUCAACAACUGCUGCCUUACGAUUCAUUUAUACAUCUUGUGUUAGGUAGGUGAAAAACAAUCAAUUUUUCUUUAUAUUUCGUUCACUUGUUGUAUUGAUUUUUCCGUAAGAUACGUAACAAAAUAUGCAGAUUAUAAAAAGAAGGUUCUCCGGAGUUUACACCCCGCGUAAAAACGCUGAAUAUUCACUAACAAAACAAAAGUUAAUUUGCUUUUGUCAUGAAUUUAAAGGGAUAAAUAAUUUGAACGUGUGCCAUCUCUUUAGUAAAACAAUUUUUUGAAAAUGGGAGGUUCACUUGAUAAACAUCAUUCCUUCCACCCAGAAUGAGCUAGAAGUAGAGAAAAUUAUAAAGAAAGUCCACCAUACAAGUAGAAAAGUGCUUGCAUAGCCUCCUUUGUAGGCAACUUCUUUUGUAACUUUUACACUACCUCCACUCUCUCCCAAUUCUCCCACCGUUCUCUAAAGCAGGACAGUGGUGCCAAGUUGAAAGAAAAGUUACUUACUAAUUGACGUCGCCUCCCCCUCAGCUAGGCGAUUAAGGCACAGGAGAAAAAAACUGGGUUACUCAAGAGACUUGGCAAAAAAAGCGCCCUUCCUAGUUUUUCUUCUCACUUCGGCUUGUCCUUAACUUUGACAUGACACAGCCGACAUGUAUUAUGAGAUAGGGACGAUCAAGAUGGAAAGCAGUGCAUCGCGUGCAUUCCCUUCUCCUCCAAACCAUGUUGGCAAUAUACUGCUGACGCGGAUACAUCCUGCUUAAACAGCAAAUUUUCGAGUAAACAGCCUUCAACGGCUGCACUGAUUCCCAGCUGAGUAGACAAUAACUGUGCGGUGCAGUGUUCCUAGAUCUGACCAAGGCAUUCGAUACCGUUGACCAUACGAUCUUGCUAUCUAAAUUGUCGGCUAUCGGUGUCUCGCCCAGCACUCUACAGUGGUUCAAGUCUUACCUGAAUCAUCGUAAACAGCGGACUGCCUGUAGCGAUGCUGUGUCUGACCCUCUCCCGAUGACCUUUGGGGUGCCACAGGGGAGCAUUCUAGGACCGCUUCUCUUCUUGGUUUAUAUUAAUGACCUUCCGCUGGUUAUAAAGAAUUGCGAAGUGACUUUGUAUGCUGAUGACACGGUCCUGUACUACUUUGCUAAAGAGCCACACCUGUUAGAAGAGGCACUGAAUGAUGAUCUCUUGAAAGUUGCCCAGUGGUUACAUGGAAAUAAGUUAACUUUAAAUCUUACUAAGACGAAAUCCAUGAUUAUAGGCAGUAAUAGGAAACUUGUUGGUAUUUCCUCUUUCACGUUAUCUAUUUUUGACACUGAUAUAAAUUCUGUAAGUAGUUUUAAAUAUUUGGGAGUUAUGUUGUCUUCAACUUUCACAUGGUCCGACCAUAUUGAGUAUAUUUCAUGUAAGGUUAAUAAAAACCUUGGUCUUCUACGUAGGAUUAAGUAUUAUUUACCUUAUGAUGCCCGGUUUUUUUUAUAAUAGCUUAGUGCUACCUAUUUUUGAUUAUGCUGAUUUAGUCUGGGGUGACAAGGACAAUGUCUCACUUAUGAAGGAAUUGCAAAUUCUCCAAAACAAAGCAGCUAAGUUGAUAUUAGAUAGAUCACCUCACUCCUCAUCCACCGAUGCAUUGAUUGUCUUGAGAUGGCUGAAUCUUGAAGAACGUAGGAAAUGUCAUCGAUGUAUAUAUGCAUACAAGUGUAUUAAUGGCCAACUUAAUCAUUCUUUGGACAUUGUAAGAAAGAGUGAUAUACAUUCCUACAAUACGCGCAAUAACGAUACUAUCAAGCUCCCCAAAAUUAAAUAUAAUUGGGGAAAACAACGUUCGCGGUACCACUGUUUCAAAGACUUUAAUGAAUUAGAGAGAACUGUAAGAAACUCAGCAAGUUUUCCAAUUUUUAAGAAGUGUCUUUUUUCUGCUUUUUAUAAUUGAGUACUUGUAGUGUGUAUGUUUUAAUUAUUUCUGUAACUCGAUUUUAGCUUGAAUUUUUUUUUGUUUUUUUGUUUUUUGUAUCAUAUAUAUCGAUUUUAGCUUAACCUUUUUAUAUUUUAAUUGUAUUAUAUAAUAUACAUCUCGUAAUUAGGACCUCUAUGUAAACCACUCUUGUGAUGGAGCAUCCUAUUAAAAGAUUGUUAUUAUUAUUAUUAUCUCUUUUUUGCAGAUUUCAGCCCACAUUGAAAGGGACUGUCCACUCACAAUAAUUUCCUGUCCGUACUUUGAUCAUAUGGGCUGCGAAGCUAAGGUAAUACUAAGAGAAACAUGUAAGCGUUAACAUUUUUAGUUAAUUAAUAUAUUAAUUAGUUAUUAAAAUCCAACUCUUUCAGUGCUUUUUCUCUAAAAUGCCAAUGAAAGAUGAAAUCGUGCUUUAAGGAAUUCCGUUCACUGUCCACACAUAUAAAAGGUAGUUAAAGUUUUCGGGUGUUUCCCGAUUUUAUACCGUUAAAUUCAGCAAAAUAGCGUAUAAAUGACAACUACUUGUCCUGUUUAUACUAUGUUUAUACUUCAUACUGUGUAUAUAUUUCAGAUUCAGCGAAGAGAGGUUGAAUCGCACCUUCAGGCAGCUAUGAGACUUCAUCUUGACUUAGCUUGUGUGAAAUUAGGCGACACACAAAAGAAGCUGGAAGAGACCACAAGAAAGCUUCAGAAACUCGAGAACAGCUUCAAUGUUAUAGAAAAAGACAUACAUUGUUCUGAGGAAAUUGACACAUUUACGUGGAGGAUAGACGGUUUUAGUGAAGUCUUGAGAAAAGCCAAAAGUGGAGAGAAAACCUGUAUAGACAGCUCUCCAUUUUACAGAUGUGGAUAUAAAUGCAAGUUAAGUCUAGAUCCUAAUGGCGAUGGCGCUUUAAAAAAUACUCACCUGUCAGUAUAUCUAACAAUAAUGAAAGGCAAAUACGAUGCCAUUUUAACCUGGCCUUUCCAGAAAAAGGUGACGUUUACGGUGAUUGAUCAACAGGAAAAAGCAAAAGACAGGAAGAACAUUGUUAAUUCCUUUAUUGCAGAAUCCAAGCGUGAAAACUUUAAGAGGCCUGUAAAAGAAGAGAACAUUGGGUGGGGCCUUGCUAAAUUUGUAUCCCACGAAGAACUGCAGAAAAGGCGCUACAUUGUGGACGGCACAAUAUUUAUUCAGCUUCGCAUUACUUCAUCCGUAGUGACUGUCUUUUUAAAUUCCUGAGUAAUAAAAUCUUAUGAAUUGGCUCGCACUCUGGUCCAC